AUGGGUUCUACUACCAUGCUUCUCGCCCUAUUCUUCAUCUCCUUGCUCACCAUUGUGCCCAUAGUUCAGGCAGCCUUCACCCGUGUCUCCAUCACCAGAUCCGCCACUCGCAGCGUUCUCAUCAGCUGCAUCUCCCCCAGCACCACUACUCUAUCCGCCAUCCAGACCCUCUUUGACGUCAAACACCUUCGAACUCUACUCGGCACUAAUUCCUUUCCGACCUCGACCUCACCGCGCCAAAGCAUAGCCGCAAAGGAUAAGGUCAUCAUCCUCUUCCGCCGCCGCUGCUCGAACGGAACCAGAACCUCGAACCAUCGACUGGUGUGCGCUGUGCAGAAGGGCGACGGGCUGUACCAUAUCGUGGCGGAGGUGUUCGCGAGACUGGUGGCGUAUCAGGAGAUUCGAGCAGUGGACGAUAUUCUGGACGUGAGCUUGAUUGGAGUAGGAUCAGGGCUGUGGAUUCCGGUGUCGUAUGGCUGUGGUGAGGUGAACAGAUCGAAGACGGUGCACCACGAGCACGUAGCGGAAGCCGGGAGCUCCAUGGGGAUGAUUGUGGAGGAGUGUGACACCUAUCAUGAGACGUUGUUGAGGCUCAACGGCACGGCAUCACAGAUCCCAAGGAUCUUCAGCCGUCUAACGUGCAGGUGUGAUUCUGGGGAAUAA